AUGCUCUACGCGACCGAAGGCAUCCAGACCGACGAGGACCUCACCCGUGCCAUGGUCGGCAUCGGCUCCAUCUGGUACGAGGGCAACCCGUGCAACGCCCACCUCCUCGCCAUCUCGCAGCGUGUCAAGAAAUCCGUCCAGCAGGCCGGCCUCACCGGUUACCAGUUUGGCGCCGUCGGUGUCUCGGACGGCAUCUCGAUGGGCACCGACGCCAUGUCCUACUCGCUCCCCUCGCGUGACCUCAUCGCCGACUCGGUCGAAUCCGCGUGCGGCGGUCACUGGCUCGACGGAGCCGUCGUCAUUCCAGGCUGCGACAAGAACAUGCCUGGUGUGCUCAUGGCCCUCGGUCGUCUCAACCGUCCUGGUAUCAUGCUCUACGGAGGCACCAUUCGUCCCGGUGGAUGCGCCAGCGUCGAAGGCACCCUCGACAUUGUCUCGGCCUUCCAGUCCUACGGCCAGUACCUCGCCAACGGCGGCACCCCGGACGCAGAAAAGAUCCGCUACGAUACUGUCCGUAAUGCUUGCCCCGGUCCAGGCGCCUGCGGUGGCAUGUACACCGCCAACACCAUGGCCUCGUGCGCCGAAGCCCUCGGCAUGACCCUCCCCGGCAGCUCCUCCUUCCCCGCAGAAUACCCCGAAAAGAUUGCCGAGGCGGAAAACAUGGGCGCCGCCAUGCGUCUCAUCCUCGAGCGCGACAUCAAACCACGCGACAUUAUGACACGCGCCGCUUUCGAGGACGCCAUCGCACUCACCAUGGUCCUCGGAGGCAGCACCAACGCCGUGCUCCACCUCAUCGCCAUCGCCCACUCGGUCGGCAUCGAGCUCAGCAUCGACGACUUCCAACGCAUCGCCGACGCCACCCCCUUCCUCGCUGACCUCAAGCCUUCCGGCAAGUACGUCAUGGAGGACGUUCACUCCAAGAUCGGCGGCAUCCCCACCGUCAUCCAGUACUGCAUCGAGAACAAGCUCAUGAAGGGAGAGCACAUGACCGUCACCGGUCGCACCCUCGCCGAGAACGUCGACCGAUGGACCCAGCAGCGCGGAAAGCUCCCCGCAGGUCAGGACGUCUUGCGGCCCGUCGACAAGCCUCUCAAGAGCACCGGUCACAUUCGUAUCCUCAAGGGCAACCUCGCUCCCGGUGGCGCCGUAGCCAAGAUCACCGGCAAGGAGGGUUUGCGUUUCACUGGAAAAGCUCGCGUCUUUGACACCGAAGACGCCAUGGUCGCCGCCGUCGAAAAGGGCGAGAUCAAGAAGGGCGAAAAGACGGUCAUCGUGCUCAGGUACAAGGGUCCCAAGGGUGGACCGGGCAUGCCUGAGAUGCUCAAGCCGACGAGUUUGAUCAUGGGUGCAGGUCUCGGUAUGGAUGUCGCGUGUCUCACCGACGGUCGCUUCUCGGGAGGAAGCCACGGGUUUGUCAUUGGGCAUGUCGUUCCCGAGGCGCAGGACGGUGGGCCUAUCGGGCUGGUGCAGGAUGGCGAUGUCAUUAGCAUCGAUGCCGAGACCAACUCGCUCGAGCUCGUCGGUGUCACCGAGACGGAUCUCGAGAAGCGAAGAGCAGAGUGGAAGCCGUUGCCGCUCAAACCAAAGUCCGGUCAUCUGCUCAAGUUUGUUCGUAACGUCGCGGAUGCCUCGCACGGCUGUAUUACUGACAAGUGA